AGUAAAAUCGUCUUUUUGGAAGCAGGAUGCGGUGUUGGAAAUAUGCUGUUUCCAUUGAAAUCUGCUUUUCCGGAACUCACAGUGCAAGGAUUUGACUUUUCACCUCGAGCCAUACAGAUGUGUUCAGAUAGAGCGAAGGAGCUCAACGUAGAAUUAGACUUGGCCUUGGUUGAUUUAUCCACGCCUCUGGAGAAGUCACCAUUUUCUGUAGAAGCCGAUGUUGCCACUCUCAUAUUUGUGCUUUCUGCCAUCCAUCCGGAUAAACAUGCGAUUGCAGUAAAGAAUAUGCGUAAUUACGUCAAGGAUGGAGGCACUGUCAUCGUUCGCGACUAUGGCGUAAAUGACUACGCGAUGAUACGUUUCAAAAGGGGUGCGAAGCUUGCCGAUCGUUUCUAUGUCAGACAGGAUGGGACUCGGUCGUACUACUUCACAUUGGGUAAAUAUCAGAUCUUAUGUGCGAAAUUAAACUUUUGUUCUUUUUCAGAAGAGUUGGCGGAAUUGUUUGAGCGUGCUGGAUUCGAGUGCGUACGAAAAGAGUAUCUUCAUCGACAGACUGUUAAUCAUCAAAAGAAUCUCAAUGUGCCGAGGAUAUUUGUACAGGCUCGAUUUUUGAAACGCUAA